GGCUGCCCCCUCCAGGUGCUCAUUAGCGGCGGUCCGGCCCCCUCAUUAAUUAACCGUGGUCAAAGCCGCUAAUUAGCUGCGGCCGGAGCUGGGGCGGGGAGCGCUGGCGGCUAUGGGGGGCACCGGCACGGGAUUGGGAUCGGAAUCCCGAUUGGGAUCGGGGUUGCGGGAUGGGGCAGCGGCGGGGCACGGCCGUGCUGCUCGUCCUGCUCGUCGCCCUGGGGCACCGGGUGCUGGGCACCGCGUGCACAGAUGUCUACCAAGGCUUCUCGGACUGCGUCCUGAAACUGGGGGAGAACAUGGCCACAUACGAGGAGGAGGAGAGCAUCGAGCCCCAGGGGCUGCACCGGGUCUGUGGGUACUGGGACGAAUUUCACAUCUGUGCCCUGACGGUGCUCUGGGAGUGCCAGAAGGAAGCAGCGGCUGUCUGGGAGAUGCUGAGGAGGGAGUCCCGAAAGGUCAAGUUUCGAGGCAGUUUGUUUGACCUCUGCAGCCCCAGCACGGCCCAGAGCACUGCCGGGACCCAGGUUCCCAAAGUUUCUGUCCUCGGCAUCCCCCUCAUCAUCGCUUGGCUGAACUCAGGACCCGCAGCUCUGAUUGCAGUGUGUGGUGCUCAGUGAACACGGCGCUGUCCUGUGAGAUGUGGAAGAGCUCGGCAGCAUCUUGUGGGCUUUGUUGUUCCUCUGUAAUCUGGGAUAAUGCUUGUCCCCUCUCGCCUCAAGGCGCGGGCAUGGCUCUGGCUGCCUGCAGAAUUUGUGGACUGUACACGUGGGAUGGAGGACUUGGGGAAAAAUGGGAAAUUGGUUGUGAACACUGACACUCUUUGGUUGUGAACACUGAACUCUUUUGCACUCUUGGUUAUUGGAGGGAAACCUGUUUGUGUAGCUGCCUGUUUCCACCAGAUCGGCUCCUCAGAUUUUUGACUUAGGCACUGAAAAUUAGAUGGGAAUUUUCAUGCUGGUAUUUGUGAGGUGCUGGGGAUGGUGUUUGUCCUGCCAAAAGCAUAGAGGUACUGGCCAUCUCUCUUAGAAGACACUUUGAAAACCCCCUGAAGAAUAAUCACAAGUGCAUGACUUCUUCACUAGCACACAUCUGGACUCCUGAGUAACUGUGUUAUGUGUAAAUCCCUUUUCUAAGGAAACGGAAAGGCAAAAAUACUUGUGAGAAGGGGUGCCAAGCUACCUUU